AUUGGCUUAACUAUGGGCUUAUGCUACUAAUAAAAUUUCCAUUGCAUAAUAACAUCAAGUCUAGAAAACCUAAACCCAAAACUUCUUAGUUUUCUUGCCAAAGGACAGACACUAGCGAAUAGAAAAGAAACAGUUUGCUUUUAACAUUUGCAUUCUAUAUGUCCAGCAUGGUGCUAACACUUUGCUCGUAUGGUUACAUAGGAUUAGAUUUAGGCAGCUUAUUCCACCUCUUUGCGGAUAUUGAACUUGAACAAGGUCGUACAAAAAGUGUCAGAGGUCAGAUCCCACACUUUGCACUGAAAUCCCUAACUAACUCCAGAACUUUACCAACAUAAUCUAAACAGACAUCCACUGAUCACAUAUCAUUAGCAAAAUUAAUCCUUGUUUCCUAAGGGAUCUUAAAAGACAGCCUAUGAUUUUCUGGGAGUUACAGUGAAAUUGUUAAAGGCUUAACGAAGGGGGGGAAAAAGGCUGUAAAAAGCUGCUAAGUCUGAUAUAAAUCAAGCAAGGAAAGUUCCGCCCUAGCCCACAGUGAACGUGCUUAUUGGUUAAGACGGAACAAGCUGACUCAUUUCUUUUUUGCCGCGGCAGAGGGCCACACCCUGCAUUCCAAAAAGCCUAGGCUGCCCGGCCACACCCGCGGCCUCCCUGCUGGAGCCUCGGAGUUUGGAGUUAGCGUUGCAGCUCGCGCCGCUCGUCCGAAAGCAGCUCUGCGCGUCCUCCCGCCGUUCGGUCCCCGGGCCCGGGCGCCGGCGAGCGCGCCGCGGUCACAACGCGCGGGCCUGGAGGGUCGGCGCGCGGCGCCGCUGCUGUCUGCCCUGCGGUCUGUGCUGGAGCAGGCGGAACGCGCCGGAGCUGCACGCAACUUCUAGUCCCGGCAACUUUCGGGAGGAGGCAAAGCUUCUGGAGACAGGAGACUAAUGAAGAGUCCUGUUGAAGAAUGAGGUGAAUUAAUGCUUGGGAUCUCAGGAACCCUGGACAGCUACAUGAAGUGUUUAAUAACGGCCCUGACCAUCUUGCCAAGCAGAUCGCUGCUCAUGGGGCCCGACAGGAGGAGUGAGCCAAGGAGGGACAGUGCCCUGCCCUGUAGAAAUAGUGACUGCUGACCUGCCGAGAGUGAACUGGAGACUGCGUGUUGUCUGCCAGUACAAUGAAGGAAGUGGUUUAUUGGUCACCCAAGAAGGUGGCAGACUGGCUGCUGGAGAAUGCCAUGCCAGAAUACUGUGAACCUCUGGGGCAUUUUACAGGCCUGGAUUUGAUCAACCUAACCCAGGAAGAUUUUAAAAAACCCCCCUUGUGUCUAGUCUCCUCUGACAAUGGGCAGCGGCUCCUAGACAUGAUAGAGACCCUGAAAAUGGAGCACCACAUGGAAGCACACAAGAACGGCCAUGCCAAUGGGCACCUCAACAUUGGUGUGGACAUCCCUACCCCUGAUGGCAACUUCAGCAUCAAGAUUAAACCCAAUGGAAUGCCAAAUGGGUAUAGGAAAGAGAUGAUAAAGAUCCCCAUGCCAGAACCGGAGCGUUCUCAGUACCCCAUGGAGUGGGGCAAGACAUUUCUGGCCUUUCUUUAUGCACUUUCCUGUUUUAUCCUCACCACAGUGAUGAUCUCGGUCGUCCAUGAACGAGUACCUCCUAAGGAGGUGCAGCCUCCACUACCGGACACGUUUUUUGACCAUUUUAACCGGGUGCAGUGGGCCUUUUCUAUUUGUGAAAUUAACGGCAUGAUCCUUGUAGGACUUUGGUUAAUUCAGUGGCUGCUGUUAAAAUACAAGUCUAUUAUUAGCAGAAGAUUUUUCUGCAUAGUUGGCACGCUGUACCUGUAUCGGUGUAUUACAAUGUAUGUUACCACACUCCCAGUACCCGGUAUGCAUUUCAACUGUUCUCCAAAGCUUUUUGGAGACUGGGAAGCCCAACUGCGGAGAAUAAUGAAGCUCAUCGCUGGAGGUGGACUGUCCAUCACCGGUUCUCACAACAUGUGUGGGGACUACCUUUACAGUGGCCACACGGUCAUGCUCACACUCACCUACUUAUUUAUCAAGGAGUAUUCCCCUCGAAGACUCUGGUGGUACCACUGGAUUUGCUGGCUUCUCAGCGUAGUUGGAAUCUUCUGUAUUCUCUUAGCGCAUGACCACUAUACUGUGGACGUGGUGGUGGCAUAUUAUAUCACCACAAGACUCUUCUGGUGGUAUCACACUAUGGCCAAUCAGCAAGUGCUAAAGGAAGCUUCCCAGAUGAACCUCCUGGCCAGAGUGUGGUGGUACAGACCAUUUCAGUACUUUGAAAAGAAUGUCCAAGGAAUUGUACCUCGAUCUUACCAUUGGCCCUUUCCCUGGCCAGUAGUGCACCUCAGUAGGCAAGUUAAAUACAGCCGGCUGGUGAACGACACGUAACAGCUGUACAAGUGAGGUGAAGAGGAACUGUCCAAAGUGCUAAGAACUCCACUGAGAAGAUGCCAUAAACAAACACCUCCCUAAUCCUAUCACCUUUCAACAGUUACCUUGACUUAACCUAUCGAGUUACCUGGUCAGCACUGUGAUCUUUUUUCUCUCCAAAGGACCUGCGUUGGACAACAAUAAAGAAAAGUUAACCUAUCAUGCACUGUUCACAUUUCCUGUUCAUAGUCGGGGAUUUGCAUAAUAACCCACAACCACCAUGUUCCUUUGUAUAUGAUGCAGCAGCAUAAAUGUAAGCUUUUAUAUAACAUAAGUUCUGGUGUUUCCAGUCAAAUCUGGAAAUAAAGCGUAUUAUUUUCUUGGGAAAACAUACUUUUCAUAUCUCUUGCCCCAAAGAUUGGGCUGUAAGCCAUUUUCUAGCAAAUGUCUCUAUGAAGGUUUCUAAGUACCUGAUUGGGGUCCACUUAUGAAAACUUUCUACCUGUUGCACCGAUAUUCAAAGAAAAAUGACAGACACAGAAAGGUAUGGUAACUUCAGGUUUUGUAAAAUCAAUACAGUGUGUCAAAAAGUGCAAAAAAAAGAUUCUGUUAUAAAGUGAUUUUCUAAGUAUUUGCUAACUUUAUUUUUCAAAAUGAUGUUAUGAAAACCAAAUUUGAAGAUUUUUACAUGUCAGAGAGAAGAGAGUUAAAACAUAAAAAUGCUUCUUGGGAGAGAAAUUUGUCUAUGUUUCUAGUGCCUUUCUUGUCUUGAUUGUAUGGUCAGUAGGCAAUCUUAAAUGUUUUUAUUUAAAGUAUUCCACAAAAAUAUAAAUGUAUGUAUACACUACUAAAUUUUGCAUUUGUCACUAAAUCAGAAGACUGCUUACGGUUUUAAAAUUGCUCUGAAUUUAAAAAUGGAGACGUUAAUUAGAAAGUCAGAACCUGUUCACAUAUUGUGAGCAGUUGACAGUGUCAUUGUAGCACUUACAUAAUUUUGUCAUCUAUUUGGUAGUUCAGUUCUAACUACACAGUGAAAACAGCCAUGAAUAUUUUUUUUAAAGAGAGUUUUGAAAAUGAUCACUUAUCUAAAACUUGAAAGCUGAAAAUUAGUAUCCAUACUCUCAUGGCAAUUUUGUUGGUGAACAACAAAAAAGAGAUCUAUUUCUUUAAAAUAUAUUUGUGCAGAAACUGCAUGUAAUUCUGUUUCACUCCUAACAUACGUAUGUUUGGGGAAGUAUUCUAUUCUAUACUUGCCAAUGUGGAGAACAAAAUAGUUUUUUAAGAAUGAAGAAGUAUAAAUAUCCAUUCUGUAUUUUACGUGCAGCAGAAUUAUCUUCUGUAGGGUUUUUUGUGUAUUCACAAGGUGAUAUUUGUAUUGUAUAACAAUAAUGGUGAAGGAAAUAAAAAGGCUUUUAAAAUUUUGUUUGUUUAAAAUAUUUGUAAAGUUAUUAUUCCAGAGAGUAUACUGAUAUCUUACAGCUUAUCUAGAUCAUAAAUUAAUCAAAAUGCACUUUUUAAUAAAAACUGAUACUUAAAAUAAAUGGCUCGUAUGGUUAAUGUGUUCGUUCACAUUUCUUCACAGAAAGUAUAAUUGAAGUAAUUGAAGCAAGAUAGGAAACCAAGCUUCUCAGUUGUUUCACAAAGUCUCACACAGGACCUUUAGUUAUGUGUUUUUGAAUUUAUCCUUGAGAUCAUGUCAUAUGUAUUCUAAUCUCUAACCUGUGCAGACUGGGUAUAUUUUUCUUCAGUAUAUUUAAAACAAGAAGAGAUGUUACAGUCAAAUUUUACCAGCAAUUUUGAAUUAUUUAAUUCCUAACCAAGUUAGUCACUUAAUUUUUCUCCCUGUUACUAAAAGUACAACUUUUCCAGUUUGAGAUGGAAAGGAAAAGUAAAUCUGAAAAGAGAGUAAUAGUACUUUCACAAUCAACAGGAAUAGAAAAGAAAUCUUUAGGAAUGAAAUAGAAUGUUACUAAUUCUGUUGUGGUAAAGAAAAAGGAAGGUGUAACCUGCAGAGGCCUGUUUUUGUUGAGGGGUGUGUUUAGCAAGGCUGGGAACAAAGCCAGUGUAAGUUUCCUGCAUAGCUUUGAACCUGGACAUGACAUGCUAGAAUCCGUUUUUAUUUAUCCAUGAAAAUCCUUAUCUUGGACGCUGGAUUAGGUGCUGCAUAUUGAAAGGAAAUAUAAAUUGAAUCAGUGGAAGUAAAUUAGUAAAUGCUAAAAGUAGUUCCUUCAUCUUCUGCAAAAGUUAAAAUAAUCACAUGAAAAAGUCAUGAUUGUGAGUUUGUAUACCAUGUGUGGAUCAAGCCAGCCACCUGCUGAUGCUCUUGAGUUGACAUACCUUGUGGUUCUCUAAUCUGCAAAUCCCAGGAAUAAAAGAAAUUACAGUGUGUUCUGGAACAUUGUGGUACAGUACAGCUGUCUGAGUGAAGACAUGUGCUUUCUUGUGCUUUAGUUUGAUAAGCUAAGGACCUAGACUAGGCUUUGGUCUGUUUGGCUCCUUGUAUUUGUGUUGCUUGUUAACCCUUACACAACCACACUAUGUAGUUACUAGCUCCAUUUUACGUAUACACCACCCACCAAGGUGACUCAGAGAUACAAAAUAACUUGCCCAAGGGCAUGCCACCGGUUGUUGGUGAAACUGGUUGGAAUCCAAGUUUCUGCCCUCCUCCAACAAUAUUGUCAACUUUCCAGAGGUCUUCAGGAGGAGACUACGGUGAGGGAAAUCUUUGCCUCUGGAGCAGAGCUAAGGGAUGUCUGACUGUGGUUCAAAUGGCAGGAAUUGUACAGUGUGAGAUCUGAGAGAAUUUUGCCAGUUUCCUAAUCACUGUUUUCUUAAACAUCAUCCAAACUUAGUACCACAUAAAAAGAAUACAUGCCCUAGUGUGAACACUAUGUACAGAACAUCAACCAGGAUUUGAAUUACAUAGGAGACAUGUUGCUUGAUUCUAAUCUUUUAUCUUUUUUCUUCCUGUAAUCAGGAAACUUCCUCUGAACAAAUUAGAAACUGAGUUUUCUGCUCAUUGACGCCUUACAGUACUUAAUGUGGCUUCAAGUUAAGG